UCAAAAAUUGUUGUUUGACAGAAAGUCAUUGAUGGAAAUCGCGAUUAAUUAAUUUGAAAUAUUAUUAAUGGAAUAUGAAAUAGAAUAAAAUGUCCUUCCCGAAGAUCGAAGGGUAUGUGGUGACGGAGAAAUUAGGUUCUGGGAGCUAUUCAACCGUGUACAAAGCGUAUACUAAGGUGGGAGCUCGGUCGAUCGUGGCUAUAAAGUGCGUAGAUAAGGCGCGAGUGAAGCACUCUGGGGCUGCAAUAGAUAAUUUGAUAACAGAAAUAAGACUUCUGAAGACACUCACACAUCCCCACAUAGUACACAUGAAACACUUCACAUGGGACGACAGAAAUAUAUACAUCAUAACGGAAUAUUGCUGUGGAGGUGACCUGUCUAAAUACAUCCACAAAUAUGGAAGAGUUCCUGAGAAACGGGUUUUAUAUUUCCUACAGCAACUUGCGUCUGCGUUAAAAUUUCUACGAGAGAAAGGCGUCGUCCAUAUGGACCUGAAGCCACACAACAUGCUGCUGCACAAGGGAUCCGAGGGAAAGUACGUGCUCAAGGUCGCCGAUUUUGGUUUCGCCCAGCACCUGUCGGAGGACAGCACGAAGAGCGUCCGCGGCUCGCCGCUGUACAUGGCGCCCGAGAUGUUGCUUGGAGACUACGACGCGCGCGUCGACCUCUGGAGCGUUGGCGUUAUCAUGUACGAAUGUCUGUUCGGCAAAGCUCCGUACUCGUCGGCGACCUUCAAAGAACUGCUCGACAAAAUACAAAGGCGAGCGCCGAUCGAAAUUCCCCCCAAUUCCUCGAUCUCGGCCGGCUGCCGGGAUCUCCUGACGCGUCUGCUGCAACACGACCCCGACAAGCGGAUAUCGUACGAGGAGUUCUUCGCGCAUGACUACCUCGACCUGAACCACAUGCCGUCCAAGGAGAACUACAAUAAGGCAGUCCUGCUGAUCAAGCACGCGAUCGAGCUGGACUGCUCGGGGCGCCUGCCGGAAGCCCUGGAGGCCUACGGGGAGGGCCUGCGGUACCUCGUGCCGGCCGUCGGCGCAGAGACGGACGCCGACCGCCGGAGCGCCCUCGCCGCCAAGCUGACGAGAUACAUGGAGAGGGCUGAAGAAAUCAAACGGCUGAUCAGGGGCCAGACCGGGUCGUGCGCCGACUCGCAAUCACACCGAGCGGCACAGCCAGCAACAGCCCCCGCCGGGGCACAGACGCGGGGCUGGAGCUACGAAUACGUUCCAGACGACUCGGCCGCCGAGCCGGCGGCGCGCGCGCGGGCGGCCGGCGCGGCGCGCGGGCACGAGGGGGCGCGCGCGCUUGGGUGUAUACAGCUAGGAGACGCGUUGGGCCCUACGAUAGAAGAAUCUAGUAAGAAAGAGAAACCCCGCGGGGCGCUGUCGAGGUUCCUCCGCCGGCCGGUCCCUUACCUCAGCGAUAAGGACUCGUCCAUCGCUGAUGAAGAUAAAACACAGAAGGCCGAUGAAACGAACGAACUCUGCAGGAUAACGUGAAUUAUAAAUACAUAUGGACUCGGACCCAGCAGCGGGGUCUCCUCGACAAAAAUACUAUCAACGAUUAAAUGUUUUAAUUUAUUUUGAUAUGUGUAUCUGUACUAAUGGCAGGAGUAAUGAUAAAUAAACAACAGACCUUGAAGCUUGAAGAGUCUUAACCGUUGAUCGUGGGUUCAAACCCGGGCAAGCACCACUGAAUUUUCAUGUGCUUAAUUUGUGUUUAUAAUUCAUGCAUGUGUCUUAUUUCAUUGAAAUUAUGCCACAUGUGUAUUCUACCAACCCGCAUUGGAGCAGCGAGGUGGAAUAAGCACCAAACCUUGCCCUCGAAAGGGAGAAGAGGCCUUAGCCCAGCAGUGGAACAUUAACUGGCUGUUACUGACCUUGAACUGUGAUGACGUCAUUUGUCGACAUCUUAAUAAUCUGUGGCAUUCGAUUUGUCGGCGAAGUUGUUAUCGGAACUUUGUAAGUAAAACUAAAGUGUAUAUAAAAAGUCGAGUGUAACAGUGUCGUGUUGUAUAUAGAGAUAUAUUGAUCGAGAACUUUUUGUGGUGUACGAUACAGCGCAGCUGGUGGCGAAUCGCAUGGCAUUUGUAAAUAUAAGGUUUGCUUAUCUUUAUUCCUCUUAUAAGAAUGGGCUUUAGUCACAAUGGAGUUAUUGUAGAUAUAUAAGUCACUAGUCCAUAUAUGUACCAAUUAUAAUAUCCAAAGUGCCUUUAUUAGACUUUAUAUUAUACGCGUUGGUAUGGCCAGAGGUCAUGGGUUCAAACUCCAAUUCUGGUCGAUAUAAAUUGAGUUGGAUAGAACUUAAAGCUGUCUUGAGCCUGAACUCUUUCCAAUUGGAUUAUGAGAGUGAGAGAAUAGAAAGUGCAUCCGUUUCAUUCUCACACACUUGUGCACUAUAAUGUGUCCAGCAGACUCAAGACUCGAGUUAUAAGGCACAGAGAAUGUAUGUAUGGAAGUAACUGUGAUCAUUUUUCUAUCUUGCCUGAUAUUUGGACAUUUUAUUAUAUAGUUCAAAGGAUCUCACGUUCAAGUUGUAAAUGUAAAGCUUCUGCCAGAUGUUUCAAAAUAAUGAGCACAGAUAUGGCAGUAGCAUUACGUGUGUACAAUUUCGCAAGCUUCAAAGUUACACAGCUGUAAUUUCGUUAUGAUCUUUUACUAAACAUGUAUAAUGCUGCGUUCACACUUGUUUCAACUUUACUUUGUUUGCACUUAACAGGUGUGAACUAAACUUAAAUUUUCUACUUUGUUGUUUUAAUGUUGAUUAAUUAAUUUUAUCUAUUUAAGUUUAAAAAGACAACGUUUCCA